UUACUCCAACCCUUCAUCAUCCACAGUUUUUUGCUUGACCAAAAAUGUACAGAAAUAGGAACAAACAACACUUGUAAGGUUACUUGAGAAAGUCAUUAUAAGGGUUUGCGUGUAGAAGAGAGAAAUUUCAGAAUGGCAUGUUGCCAAGGUUUCAUAGCAUUUCUUUUGAAAUUCCUCAAUUUCUUGCUUACAUUCGUUGGUAUCAUCAUCAUCAUUUACUCUGCCUUUAUGCUUAAUCACUGGCACCACCGCCACCGUCUUCAUGACCCCGAAUUACCGAAUCUUGGCUCGAUUGUCGGUUCAGGCCACAUAAAUUAUGUCGUCUCGGCUUUACAAGAGAUGGACAAUAUCUUGCUUCCAGUUCCAUGGUUUAUAUAUGCAUUCAUGGGAAUUGGUGUCAUAUUAUGUUGUAUCACUUGUAUUGGGCAUGUUGGUGCUGAAGUUGUUAAUGGAUGUUGCCUUUGCUUU